AUGAAUUUGUAAUAAUUAUUAGAAAUUGAAAGUAAAUUUGAGCAUCUUUCAAUUAUUCCAAUUUUCGAUGAAAUCCUAAAGUACAAAUUAAAAAUUAUUAAGUGGGGGAAUAUAAACUGGAAUAUUAACAGAAAUAUUUGGUGAAGCAGGUUGUGGUAAGACUCAUGUAUGCAUGACUUUAAUGAUAAACACAAUAAUAAAUUAUAAAACCUCUAAAGUGAUUUACAUUAGUACAGCUAAAUAAUUGCAAUAAGAUCGUUUUAAUUAAUUAUUAUGUAAAAAUACUUAUGUUAUUGGAAUUAGAAUAUCGAGUAGGUAAGAAAUCUAAAGAUAAGUUUACUAAUUUAUUCAACAAAUGUAUAAUAUAACAUUUAAAUAAUCCUAAAUUUAUGGAUGAAUACAUAUAUGAACAAUUGCCAACUUUAUUAGAAUAAUAUUAAUUCAAAUUAAUUAUUAUAGAUAAUAUUACAACCUAUUUGCAAGAGAUACAAUUAACAUUAAAUUAAAUGCAAAAAACAUCAAUACUGAAGAAAUUUUCAAAUCAUUUUAGAAAAUUAGCUAAAAAACAUAAUAUAGCUGUGGUAUUUGUGAAUAAUGUUGUAACUUCAACUUAAAAUAAUAAAUUAUAUCCCAGUCUAGGUUAAAAAUGGUCAGAAAUGAUAGAUGAAAGAAUUUAAGUUGAAAAAAAGGGAUUGAUCCGACAUUUUAGAAUUGAUAUUUCUCAUAGAGUUGCUUUAGAUGAUGCUGCUUUCACUAUAUAAGAAAGUGGAAUAUAUCCUUAAGUUGAUUGA